AUGCGUUCUAGAGAUAAGAAUACCACCACUACCAAGCCAUCACCAACAAAAAUGUCAAUUACUACAGAACAUGAAGAUAAUGAAGUAAAGAUGGAUAUAGAGGGAAGUAAUACACUUGGUAAUAGUGACCCAUAUAUGAUGAAGGGUGCAGAGUACCUUAACAAAGAAUCUAGAUGGAAAAAUAAACAGAGAGUAUUAGUAUUGUCCACCAGAGGAAUUAACUUUAGACAUCGUCAUUUGAUGGAAGACAUUAAAAAAUUACUACCUCAUCAUAAAUCUGAAGUUAAAUGGGAGAAAAAACAACCCUUUUCUGAGAUUUCUGAAAUGAGUGAAUUACGCUCAUGUAAUAAUAUAAUAUUAUUAGAGGCAAGAAGACACGAGGAGCUAUAUAUGUGGGUAGCAAAAUGUCCAAACGGUCCUAGCAUAAAGUUCCAAAUCUUAAAUAUACAUACAUUAGGUGAACUAAGACUUGCGGGAAAUUCACUCUUAGGUUCAAGGCCUUUAUUAUCUUUUGAUUCUGCCUUUGAAUCUGACAAUUAUGUUUAUAAUAUUAAUUUUGGUGAUGAACAGAAACAUAUGAAGCUACCAUUAAAGUUAAUUAAAGAUUUGUUUAUACAGGUGUUUGGUACUCCGAGAUAUCAUCCAAAAAGUAAGCCAUUCCAUGACCAUGUUAUUAGUUUUAAUUUUUUAGAUGGUAAGAUUUGGUUCAGACACUAUCAAAUUACUCCCACAACAGAAAAAGACCAUAACAAUGUUGAUAAGCAGGUAUUAGUUGAGAUUGGUCCUAGAUUUGUAUUAGAACCCAUACUUAUAUUAGAUGGUACAUUUUCUGGUCAGGUUUUAUAUAGGAAUCCCGAUUAUAAAUCUCCCACUUUACUUAGAAAUAUUAUUAAACAGGGAUACUCUUCAACAUAUUUGCAAAGAGUACAAAGUAAACAGAAGAGAUCUGAUUAUGAGGAUGAAUUGGAUUCAAGCUUAAUGAAUGUUCCCGAGAAGAAGAUGCAGAUUUUAAGGAGUGAUAAUGUUGAUGAUUUUCUUGAUUAA